CACCAACUAUCCGAAGGAGAAGCCUGCCCAGUACACCAGACCACACACGAAGAGGCCCAAUCCAGCGUUCACGCAGCAGCUGAAGACGGUAAUGGAGCGUUGCGAGAAGAUCCCGGCCGAGACUUACGAGUCACGCAACCGUAGUGGCGUCGAGGAAGAGCCGAGACUGUGGCCGCGCGUAGAUCGCGAAGGCAAGGCUCUGGGGGACGCCGAGUACGUGGUGCCGUCGCCGCCCGAACGAGAACAGCAAUCUCAGACUUUGAGUCACGCUGAUCUGGAGGCUUACGUAAGAAGCUACCAGGACCCUCAGGUGUCUCAGGUGGACCUCUAUCGUGAGACUACGUUGACGCAAGCGGGCCUGGAGGAAUACACAAGGGUGCAGCAUUCUCAACAGGCCAGCUACGCGCAAUCCGAAGGAUAUCACAGUUAUGUAUCCAGCGUUGACUCCACGACGAACACGCCGUUUCUCGACAGAUUGAGAAGAGACAGCGAAGCGGUGGCGCAAAGGCCGGUGGCCUCUUGGGAGGACACCUCCCGAGAAGGAAGGGACAGCGUGGUGACUACGUCCAGCGGCAGCGCGUCCAGCAGCGAGACCUUAAAAUGGCACGGUUCGAUGUCGGAUGUUAGCGUGUCGAGCGGUAUGCCGCCUCGCCAAGGAGCGUCUGACCGAUGGCACCACGGCUCCAUGUCGGAUGUCAGCAGCGUGAACGGCGGGAUCAUCACUCAGAAAGCCAGUAACGGCUGCCACGAGAAGUGGCAGAGCUCCAUGAGCGACGUCAGCACUUCCGGAAUCGGCGCGACGACCAAGAGCAGACACAGCGAGAAAUGGCCGGACAAGUGGCAGGUAGCUUCGAUGAACGACCGGAACAAGCAAACGCAGAGCAGACCCAGUUUGCCGGCGGUGAUCGGCCACUGUGCCACGUCCGCAUCGAUCGGCGAUAUCUGCCACACGUCGGCCACGCGAGAGAGCAAGUGGCAGGAAUCCAAUAUCGACGACGAGUCGUCGCUGAACGACAGACCGCAAGCGAGCCAAUGGGACAACUCGGCCAGAAUCGAGAACGACAAAUACGCUCAACCGCAGAGCCCCACGCGCCAGCAAGUGGGAACCUCCAGCCCGCAGAGCCCUGAGAAUUGGAAUCCCAUUCAUGGAUCGAUGUCCGACGUGAGUCAGAGCAGCGGGGUUCAAUGCAGCAAGCAGCUAAUCGCGCACAGUGCGAGAGUGCAGACUCCUCAGAGGCAUCAUUCGGAAAGUGUGCUCUACCUCGAUCGCGAGCGCAGUCAGCGGAAGCAUUAUCCCGUCGGUGUGACGCAGUCGCAAGAAUUCACGCAAUCUUCAAGAAUGACGUUGAGCUCGCCGCAGCAACCGCAGCUGUCGGUAGCCGAACGCAUCAGCGAGUUGGAGAAACAACAGCAACAGCAACAAAUGCGUUACACCUAUCUAGAUCCGGAGAAGCGUCACAGAGUGUCCGAUCCCACUCUGAAAGCGAUUCAAAAGAAGGCGUUGUUGUCCUUCUAUGAGAGACACCAUCAGGCGUCGUGGCGAUCGGAACCUCAAUUGGCCCAAGGACCCGCGCCGACACCUCAGAGUCCACCACCGCAGCCACCACCUCGACCAAGACCACCCUCGUCCAGAAGAGCCAGUUCUGCGUCCGAUUACGCCAGCGGCACGUGGCGGGAGAACGCCGCCAGGUCUCAGAAUCAAGGAAACGGCGAUCUGCCGAGUCCCAAGCACCAACACAGCAACAGUUGCGGUAGUCUCUCCACGGAUCUGUUGGGUCCCGUGAUAGUCGGGCCGGCGAUCUCAAUCGACGACUGGGUGCCCGAGAGACCGCCGAAAAAGCCACAUUUAAAAAACGCUUACAACGAACGCAUGCCUAGCCCUGACCUGCCGCCGCCGUCGCCGCCGACGGUCACGGAGAACGAGGUCCACGAUUGCGACGAUCCACUGCCGCCCCCACCGCCCGAGCUCAGCGACGAUUGCUUCGCGGAGAGUCCGCGUAAGUCCAACAGCAAUAACAGCAACGGCACCAACAACGUUCACCAUCAGACGGAGGAAACGACUAAGAUCAGUCGUGAAAGGUCGUGCGAACGACACAAAUCGGAAAGACACUCCAUGAAGAGAUCGAAGCACAGCGGUAAGAGAGAUCACGACAAGCCGACGGGCAAAUCCUCGCCGAAUUCGGCGAAAACGUGCGCGCAGGAGCAAGAGCAACAGCAAUUCGUGCGAUCCUCCACCGCGCUGAAGCACGUGGAGUCCGAGAUGGUGCUGGAGAACGGCGUGUCGGCCGGGUUCGCCACACACAGGAUGGUCGCCACGGGACGCUCCAGUCUCAGGUACCCCUCCACUCAGAAGCUGAUGGUGAACGGCAGAAUAGCGCCUACCAGGAGAAUAUCCGAGGAGAGAUCCUUCCCAUCGAGACCCCCGGCGCAAUUGCCCGACCUUAUAUCGCAGAGAUACAGCGAUUCCGGCAACCAGAGACCCGCGCCGCAAGUGCCGGUGGAGCCGAGGAUCAUCCGGCAGGAAUCGAUGCGAGUCGACAGUACGCGCGUCGACGCGUCCGGUUUGCUGAGGAACGAUUCCAGCCAGAGACUGGAGUCCUCCUCGGGCCAGAGACCCCAACCUCAAGUGCCUAAGAACGCUGACAAGAACGGUGGCGCGAGUCCAGCGUCGAGGCCGAAUUAUCUGCCGGUGACGGAGGCCACGAAGAGCCCGUCCAAGUACUUGAAGAGAGAGAAUCACAGUUUCUCCAUAGGCAGCCCGGUGAAAACGGGCUACGAGGCCAGCUCGAAGCUGUUCCCCGCGGACUCGAGUCCGCAGAAGUACCACGAGCCGCCGAAAUACGUUCCUAACCACCAUCAACGUCCCAGCGACGUGACGCAGAGGAAUUACUACGCCCUGCCGCCGAAGUACGUGGACGUGCCGAAGCAGAAACCUCAGCCUCAGUGUCCAACGGAGAGAUACAGCUCGGGAUCCCCCAGUUCCCCGCCGCCGCCCUUAGCGCCGCGACAGAACACGCCCGGGAGAAAAUCGCUUCCGCCUCCACCGAGACCCGCUCCACUGCACGCUCAUCAGGGAAGCCAAUCCAAGGCUUCCUACUUGGCUUACAGACGAGAGCGCGGCGCUCCUGAUAGCGAGGGUAGCUACAAGAGAACGAUGUCGCCGACCUCUCGACUGGACGAUUGGCCGCCUCCUAGGGACCACGACGACCCUGUGCUAUUGCGGGUGACGCCGCAUCAUCCGUUGCAGCAGCAACAGCACCAUCAUCAUCACAACAAUCAUCAUCAACAGCAGCACUCCGACUUGUCCAAGUCGCACAGUGUGGACGCUCUUCAUCAUCGUUUGGACGAGAGACCCUCCCAACAGCAGCAACCGCAGCAGCAACAGCAGCAACAUUCGGCGGAGGUGGUCAAUAAGCUGUCGCACGAACUUAGCAAAAAGCUCCAGGCCAGCGAGGCGAGAUCCCGCGCCAAUAGCGAAAACAACAACAACGACAACCUCGAAGACCGUCAUCAGCAUCACCAUCAUCAUCAUUACCAAGAGAAGAGGCAUACGGAGAAGAGACACGAGUACGAGCAACGCAGGGAGCGACUAUCGCCGCAGAGCGUGGAGGUCCUUAACGACAGAAACCGGCAGCUGGAGCGGGAACGUCGGAAGUUGGCAGCGAGCUGCGAGCCCCUAUCUCAAAAUAGAGAGCAGCUGCGCGAAAUCGGCGGCCCGCUCACCGGCGACGACUUCUUCCGCGAGAGGAGCGCCACGAUCGAGAUGACCUCGCAGAACAUCGAAUUGCUGAAUCGCCGGAACGAGAAGAGGACAGAACGCGGCACGACGACGUCGGGCAGCACGAUAUCCACGUACUCGAUGAGCACCACGACGUCAUCGAUCGCGACGACGACGAUGAUGGCGGCUUACGACAACGGUUGGUCGCGGGCCGAGACGCAGAGCUCGAUAGAAGGUACGAUCUUCCCCGAGAGACCACCACCUCCGACGAGCUCGCCGCCGCGUUCGCCGGACAACGUCGAGAGCCCGAGCCCGCGAGGAGCUAUUCCGAGACGAUCGGGAAGCUGCUCGAGCUCCUCGUCCUCGGGGAGAUCGGUCGACGCUCGCGUAUCGCCGCGCACCUUGCUGUCCAGAUCGCCGCCGAAGAACUCCCCGGACUCUCUAACGAGGAACGAGGCGCGAAUCGAGUGCAACAGGAAGGUCUCCAGCCCGACUCAGACGGACAACACGGGUUCUUGGAACAGAUCCAACUCGCCGAGCCGGGUGACGAUGAGUCAGACGAGCCCCGAAGCGGAAAAGCCGUCCUCCAAGUUCCGCUCGGUCGGCGGCGGCAGGUCGCCCGCUUCCUCCAUCUCGAGCGUCUCGAAAGCCUCAUCCUCGCCGCCGAACUCGCCGGUGGACGAGGAGGACAAACUGUCGCCGACCUCGUCGCUCUGCGUGUCGCCCCAGCCGGGCAUCGAGGGGCUGACGUUGGUGCAGCGCACGGAGGUCGUGCUGCGGGUGAACGCUGCUACCAGCGACGCCGCCUCGCAGACCGACACCUUGGAGGACACGGAGCGGGACUGCAAAUCGCCCAGGCCGUUUCCCGAGUCGAGGAAAAAAUUGCCGGAGGAAAUCGAGUGCGAGGAGCUCAGCAGAGACUUGGCCAGUCAACUCAGCCCCAACGACAAGCUGGUGCCUAUACUCGUCCCAGCGCCGGAGCACAAGAAACCCACCGACUACGUUUCCGGCCUGUUCAGGGUGGAGGCGACCUUGCAGCCACGACCGAGGCGACGGCUCUCCCUGGAGGAGUCAACGGCCUCCUGCGGCGAGGACGCGGAUGCGGACGAUAAAAAGCACGAAACGAUACCUUCGGCUCCCGUCACGCCACUGUCGGCUGAUCCUACUAGCCCCCUGUCCCCCACUUCGGCUUACUUCACGACGUCCGAGGGAAAGGCCAGGUUCCUGACGAGAUACUCGCGGGACGUCACGGUGGAGGGAUUAACACGUCAGGAGGAUGCGCCGGCGGUUGUACCGACGAACAGCCUUGACCUUAGGCAAAAAAAGGAGGAACUGAUGAUGCGGCUCGACAAGAAACUGGUGGUCCUCAGGGCCGAGCAGGAGGCUGUAAGGGAAGAGGGCGAUGUAAACGAGGCUCUGGGUGCGCGAGUCUCCGCGCGCGUUUCCGCCGUGGCUCGUCCGCCGGAAGCGUCCAAGUAUCGGCUUCAUGUAGAGGAAGUCGGCAAGAUUACGAGCCUUCUCCUCGGUCUCAGCGGCAGGUUGGCUCGCGCUGAGAACGCCCUUUAUGGAAUGCCGGCCGACCACGCGGAGAGAAAAAUUCUGGAGAGCAAACGGGACAAGCUAAUGGAUCAAUUGGAAGAAGCGAAGACUCUGAAAAGUAACAUAGACAAGCGCAGCGUGAACGUGUCGGCGAUCUUAGCGAAGUACCUGAAUCAGGAGGAGUUUGCCGAUUACCAGCAUUUUAUCAACAUGAAGGCGAAACUGAUAAUGGACGGUCGCGAGAUACAGGACAAGGUGAAACUAGGCGAGGAGCAAUUAGCCGCGUUGAAAGAGGCAAUCGACUAGUCGUAACGAUGGACUUACACGCUAAGUUAUUAUGAAAUCAAUUCGUGUAUAACCGUGCAUCUUCAAGCGUGAACAAUGAAGAAGUUUCGCAUAACGAGCCGAAACCGACUCGAAAGCGUAGGUUAAUAGGGAUGAAAAAUUACGGGGACACGCGUAGGUACACUUUGUUCCAAGCCUGGCCCAGUAUUGAAAAUCCCGGGAUUUCUGAGCACGCGCAGCUGCAAAUGGCAAAUAUUGCAUUACAACCAAGUAUUAUGAGCAUAUGCUUACAUUUUUCUUUUAUACAUAACUGUUGGGUUCUGAACGACCGUAUUUUCGAAGCGUUUCUGUAUUUAUGUCAGACGAAAAUUAUAUUCGAAAUUGAUUAAAUAUUUUAGAUGCGUUUCUUUGAGAUUCAUUUUUACGGUAUACAUUUUUUACGAUAAAUUUAUAUUAGAGCGUGUAAAUUUCUGUAUUAAAACAAGAUUAAAGACAUUGUUAUUUAAAGUGACAGAUAACGCUAUUAAAAGAAAGACAAAAAGAACGCAAACGUUGAGUGAAUUUGGUGCACACGAAGGGUGAUCGGAAUUUUCUUUGCGUAUAAUGUGAAAUCACAAGUCGCAGGUUGAACCCAAUGUCCUCACGAGCCAAGUGUGAUCCCGAAGCCUUAAGUGCCUAGUCUUUGUUAAGCUUGCGUCGAUUUUCUCGUGUUCCCCCAGUGAACCAUGAAGAGCGCAAUAUUUCGCCGACAUAUCGCGCGACUAAGGAGAAUAUCACGAGGCACUGCGAUAUCAGACGAUUGAAGACUAAGAAUGUAUCCUUUACGCUUCCGGACUUUGUUUUUGGAAGAAGACCGAAAUUGUACCUUUUUUUUGUCGUAGCACAGAGAUGCGUCUGUAAAUACAAAUUACCAGGUACGAUGCGUAGUCUUUAGAAAGUCUGGAAAAAGACGGAACGCGCGCGUAACCAAAAGACGAAGACGACGAAUCGUUAUCCAGGUUUCAUGACGUUGUGCGAGGAGUAAUAUACGACUCUCAUGUAUACACAUAUCUGUACUAUCCUUCGUGUACCGAUCAACGUUGAUAAUUAUCGAGUAAAACGAUGCUCGACAAUUGGAAACGUGUCGAGCGAUAUUAAGGAUAUAUAUCUCGGCGAAGUGUCAAAAUUUUAAUAUAUUCAUUAGAAAAGGAAACACGCGUAUCUUAUGUAUUUCGAGUCUAAGCUUUGCGCGCGAUUUGUAUCCAGAAGCGCGCCGAUGACGCGGUGCGGUGUAAGUAAUGCUCCGAUGCAACAUUCGUCCACGAUCGUGCACGAUUACGGACGCUCGGAGGUGCGCGAUUAACUGACAAUCGCGAGUUGCGAGUUCAGACGAGCUCUGCGCGAAGGAAGCGCGUAAAGAUGCCACCGAGGGCUCGGAAAAUGCACACUGUACCGAUUCACAGUGAGUAUACACUGAGAGCCAUGAACGAACAACGAACGAACGAGCGAACGUGUAAUAUGAACGUGUAUAUUUGCGUCUAAACGCGCGCGAACUUUUUCCGACGAGCCACCUUAUGAGCAAAUCGGCCCGGAAAACCUUCAGUUUGGAUUCGUUGUGGCGUACGCAUUUCCCAAAUUGCAACAACGAAAGUUGUUCAAGUUCGCUGUUCGUCCCUUGGUCGUACGCUCAAUGUAUACCCAGCUGAAUAAUUCGUUGUUCGCGGCGUACGAAUCACCGGAUGGUCGAUUUAGAAUUACUACGUGGUGCCUUCUUAUUUACGACAUGUGAUACGAGAGUAAAGAGGAGUUCACGUUCUCUGCGCGCGGCGCCUGAAUCACCGAGCGUUGCGGGCAACUUGUAUUUGUAUAUAGUAAUAAGUAGGUUAAAGCGCAUACACACAUACACACUCACACUACUCCUGACACGUGAAACACGUACACAUGCGUACUUAUAUACACCCAUGCGCGCGCAUAUGCGCAAACACUUGUACAACGAAGUACUAUUUUUACGUAUUGUUCUAACCCCCGGGGGUCCUCGUAGACCCCUAUGACGCUUGUGAUCUUAUUUACUCUGUACGACCCCACCAAGGACUCUCGAAAGUAACGUGAUAUCGCGCGCGUCGUAUUUCGAGCCUCCAUGGUGGUCCAGCGAGAAAUUUUAUGCCACGGUCAUUUCGAUAAAUUCUCAUAUCUCGUCUCAAUGUUCCGCCGUCCCGUUUCUACGUCCCUGUUUGUAAUCCCCACGCGUCUUCUCUGCUGCCGACUGCCCCCUCCCCGCUCGUCGCUACUCUACCGAGGGCGGAGAAGAGAUGAAACAUGCGAAAUCACACGGAAGGAGAGGUGGUCCUCCGAAUCUUUGGGCUCGGUAAUGAGACAUUUACCGUGGAUCCAAGGAUCUCGAGACGGAAUCCAUCCCGACCGCNCCCCCCCCCCCCGUAUGAGAGGAGCGCGACUCGAAGAACAUCCGGUUUCGUUCAUCGGUCUCGUGCGCGUUACGUAAAGGAUAUUAACGUGAUAAUAUCAAUGCGCUUUGAUCUCAGACGGUGUAACUCGGGUCGCGGAUAAUGAAGAGAAAUGAGAGAGAGAGAGAGAGAGAGCGUGUCACAAGCCGGGACCGGACUGUCACAAUGAACAAGGAUCGCGCGUGAGAAAGACUGAGUACAGGGCAUAAAAUUUUGCGGCAUAAUAGUCAGUUUCUGUUCCUCGUUUGUUUCUCGAUGUCCGCGAGUCGGCUGCGGCGGAUAGUAUAAUGAUCUUGCCGUUCGACCGGAAGCAGCAGCAGCCACUAUGUUGUAACGCAAGCAGCGCUGUACCGCGCGGCGGCGGCGACGACGGUGUCGGAUGCAAAAUGGUCAGCCUUUUAUCGCCGCCUCGCGCCCGUUCGCCGUGGGUAAGACGCGGCUGUUGUACAUAACAAAUUAAUCGAAAACAUGGUGCUCUGGAUAUCUAUUUUUUACGAGAAGAAACGUUCCAUUAAUUCGUAAGCUAUCAUUACCACUUAAGGACAUUAAUAUUUAACAUUCUCGCUCUGUGUACAUAUUACCACGUAUAUAGGUUUUACGUGAUGCGACGGCAACAUAAUAAUUACACAUACAACUCGCGCGUCACCUAUAAAAGCGACGACGCUAGGUCGUUGUUAGUCUGAUAAUAUUAUCCCAUGCAAAUGUACUACAAGAUCAUUUACGGUAACUACGUUUCUCAAACUUGCUUGCAAUAAAUAACACGUUGGAAUUUCAA